GUGUAUACAAAGUAAGUGAAUUGCGUUGUUACAAAGUUGUUACACAGAAUCCGUGCGAGCUCACUCUGGCAGCGAGACCCCACUUCGCAGCUACUCGUUCUCGCGCCUCUGAGGGCAGAACGGUGUACGCCCAGGCACUUUGAUAGCCAAACAUCAAUUCAAUCUGCAGUCGGUUUAUGGGAAGCCUCGGGUUGAGUGUCGGCCGGACGAUGCAGCAAUUUGAAGUCCGUGCCACCUGAUGCCUCCGCGACCCCUUAAAAUUAAUAGCACCACGAAGUUUCAUGUGUGAUUCUGCACCAGGCACCGACACAGCCCAGAAGUCAGGGUGGGCUCUUGCAGUUCGGAGCUGGCGCAAAUCUUAGCAGACAGUUGUUUCGCCAGUUUGUCUGCAACGUCUUUCACUCAAGAGGAAAAUGAAGAAAUCUGAGCGACGCCGCUCGGAUUGCAAGGGACAUUCGGGUUUGCGACGGAACGCAUUGCUGCUAUGAGCGUCUCAGCAUAGCAUGAGAAUUCGUGUGAAGGCACUGCUAGUGCUUUGCCUGGCUUUCGCCUCAGGCACGCUGGAGGCGCUUGUGGUGGACUUGUCGCCGUGUGUCUCGUUCCAGGCAGAUGACUCAGCGCCGUUGGUGUCGUCGCUGGAUGGCGCUGUGCUGGGCUAUGUGACGGUGCGCUCGGGCUCCGAGCCGGGCGCCCCCCGCCGGCCCGACGGCUCCACCCUGAUGCGACUGGACGUCGUGCUGGCGGCGGGAGGGACGACUGGGGGUGGCGGGGGUGCAGCGGUCGGACGCGGAGGCAUGGGCAGUGGCGGCCAGGGUCCCUACCUGGCAAUGCCCCGCGCGCUCGGGCACAGCCACAGCGGCCCCUCACCGCUGACUCAGGCAAACAUAGUGGCGGCGCUCUCCCGCCGAAUGCCGGACGCCUGCCCCUCCACUGUGCCAGCCAGCCGCGUGGCAGCGGCAGUGGGGUGCUCAUCGGCGGCGGCGAGUGGCGGCGGCGUGAGCUUUGCGGCGGCCGCUGCCGCGCUGCUUGUGUCAGUGCCCACGACUCUGUUCCGGUGCGGCCCGGCCGAGCAGGAGGAGCAGUACCGCUCAUUCUUCCUGCAGCUGGCAGUGGACGUCAGCGAGCAGGCCUGUGGCCCCGCCGCCGUGACCGCCUUCGCGGGCGCGCCGCAGAACUCACUGACCACUGGCUGCUCCUACAUCCUGGUCACAGCCGCCUGCAGGCCAGCCGCGUGCCAGCCCGGCAACGGCAGUAGCAGCGGGGCCGUAGGCGCUGGCAUGGAGCACGCCGGCGCCAUGCCCGGUGCCGGCCUGCCCACUGCUAUGGCAGCUGCCGCCAACACUGGCACAGCCGCCAGCGCCUUCACGGACCCAACCGCUGAUGGCUCCCUAGGGCCGCCACCAGCAGCGACGCCCGCGACCGCACACCCAGCACCUGCUGCCGCACAGAACGCUGCCGUGUCCACGGCGGUGGCGCCCAUGCUGCCGCUACUCGGCCAGGGGCCCGCCCUGGAGCACGACGACAUUGACGUGGCGGCGGCGCGGCGGCGGGCGGCGCAGCAGCGGGCGGCGGCGAGGUCCGGCGGCCUGGUGGGCGGCGCGGCGCUGUCACUGGCACUAGGCGCAUACGUGUACUCCGCCCGCUGGCGGCAACGGCGGCAGCGGCGCAGCGGCGGCGGCGGCGGUGGGGCCGCCUCGGCGGCUGCCGCGGCCGCUGAGGCGGCCAGUGCGGCUGCAGCCACCGCAGCGGCGGCGGUGUCCACUGCCCAGGCGCAGCUGCUGCUGCAGCGGGCGCUGUCGUCCAGGCGGCGCAUCAGCGUGUGCGGGAGCGCGCCUGGCAGUGGCGCGGGCAGCCCGGCACACAACCACCACCUCCACAGCCCACACCUGAAUGGAAUCGACUCGGACCAGGCCUCGGUCGCGAGCGGAGGGGGCGGCGGCGACUCACCGGCGGCGGCCUGGGGUGGUGGCGGCGGCGGCGGCGGCGGUCCACCGCUGCCGCCCUCCCGCCGAGCCAGUCAGAGCGGCACAGGCAGCCCGGCCCUUGUGGGCGGCGUCCGUGUCAGCGGCGGCAUCCACGGCAUGAGCGCCAGUGCGCGGCGGCGCCUGACGCAUGACGGAGCCGUCAGCUGCUGGCGGGACGUGGCGGGAGCACUGUACGCGGCGCGCAGCUCCUUUGACCCCGCGGCCGGAACCCCACCGUCACCGUUCAGCAGUGCUGCCUAUGGUGGUUGCGGAGGCAUAAGCAGCCCCGCAGGCGGCGGCCUGCAGCCCUCCACGGCACAGCCGCUGGUUCCGCCGCCGCCGCGGCCGCCGCUGCACCGUUUCGUCUCUGUGGGCAGCCCGGCCAUGUCGGCGGCUGUGGUGGGCAGCCUGGUGCCGCCGGCUGCUGGACAGGGCGGCGCUGCAGCCAUGGCGCUGGCGCAGGCGCGUGGCAGUGACGACAUGGCUGGCUGGCAGCAGCAGCGGCAGCAGCAGCAGCAGCAGCGGCUCACCGGGGCUACCGGGGCGGGGAGCGAAGGCGGCGGCAGCGUUGGCGGUGGCAGCCCUGCCCUUGUGCUUGACAGCGACAGCGACUGUGAAGGCCCCAGUGCGGCCGCAUGCGGCGGCAGUACCGGUGCAUUCCUCAGCGUGGGCGGCGGCCCCGGGCGCGCGCCAGUGAUUCGCAACAGUCACGCCGCCGCCGCCGCCGCCGUCAGCACCCGCACCUCCACUGCUGGCGUGUUGGCUGCAGGCGACCCGCCGCCCUCAUCGGCAGCCUCGUCGCCUGGAUGGAAUGGAGGACACGUGCAGGCUCGGGGGGGGCCAGCCUGCUUUCCGCCGCUGCCGCCGCACCUCAACAGCUCACUUGCUGCCGCUGCGGCCUCCCAUGGCCCUCUGCCGCACAGUCACAGCCACAGCCGAGCCCAGCAGCAGGGUGCAGGCAGCCCGCUGCACCGCCGCUCCUGGAGCACCUGCCGCGAUUGCAUGGCAGCCGGCGCGGCAGCGGCCGCUGCAGCAGGCGCGGCGGAGGCGGCGUCCCCAUUCGCCCUUCCUGGCAGCGGUGGCGGUAGCAGCGGCGGCGGCCGGGUCAGCGGGCGGCUGCGGGCGCCGCUGCCGCGCCCCGAUGACGACUACGAGCUCCCAGUGGCGGCGCCGCCAGUGCUGCCGCCCGAGGUGGAGGGCGGCGACAGGUGCGGCGGCGGCGGCGGCGGUGAUAGCGGCGUCGAGCAGCAGCGGCCGCGCCAGCUUCGUUCGUCAUCUGGCGGGGUGGCACAGGUCGCAGUUCCAGGCAAGGCACCAUUCGCGGCGGCGGCGGCGGCGGUUCUGGGGUCUGCGCCUGCCCGCAUGUCCGUGUUUCGGUCCGUGGAUGGCACACAGCCCGGGAGUGGCAAGGCCACCGCCGCUGGCGGCGGCAGGCCCGGGGCCACUAUUACAGGUGGUGGCAGUGGUUGCAAAGGCCCGCGCGUGGGACUGCAGCUGCCGCCCCCACCGCUCCUCCUGCAGCAGCUGCACUCCUCGCCUCCCAACGUGCGGGGCGAGGGUCAGACGGCCUCAGAGCCGCUGUUCCGGCUGCAGAGCCGGCACAGCGGUGGCGGCGGGACUGGAGCAAACGGCAACAGCGGCGGUGGCGUCGCCGCCGCGGACUGGGCAAGUACCGGCGCGGGCGGCGUUCCACAGGCGAGUCGCCGCCCAAGCCUGAUGAGCUAUGGCUCCCUGCCGCUCACAACCUUGCCCGAGGUUUGCACGCUGGAGGGGCAAGACACGGACAGUGGCGGCGCUGCGGGUGCCCAUGAUGAUGUGGCGGCGCGGCGGCGCGCGCGGAGCUCAUUUGCUGGGGUGGCGGGAGUCGGCGGUGACCUGGUGGUGGUGUGCGGCGCCGCCGCCGUGGGGGACGACACGGACCUCCGGGGGCAUGCCGACGACGGCCUGUGCCCCCACGACCACUGCUCAUGGGGCCAAAGCCGAUCCGGUGGUGGUGGUGGUGGUGGUGGUGGUGGUGGUGGUGGUGGUGGUGGCGGAGGCGGUGCGGGCGCCGGUCCCGCCAGUGCCGGCCCCGCUGGCUGGCACCGGGACAAGGCCGCGUGGCGGCUCAGCGGCGGCGGCAGUAAUGGCGGUGGUGGUGGUGGUGGUGGUGGUGGUGGCAGCGGCUAUGGCAGCGCCGCCAGCAGCUGCGGCAGCAGCGGCGCCUCCACACCGACAAGGUACCUGCACCCGCACCCGCUCAUUCCGCCGCCGCCCCUGGGGCCCAUGCACCUGGGCUCACCCCAGGGGCAUGGCAGCGCUGCCUCCUUCGCUUCAGCCGGCAGCGUGGGUGAAGGCAGAGGCGGAGGAGGCAGCGGCCACCCCUCGCCGCAGGCCGGAGCGACUGGGCCGCGAGCGCUCAGCAGUGCAGGCAGCACGCGUAGCGUGGGCAGUAUCGGUGGUGGCGGUGGCGGGCGGUACGGCGGGGGCAGCUGCGAGAUGCCGGUGGCGCGGCCGCCAGCGCAGCCCACCCGACUCAGCCGUAUGCUGCUGCACCGGGACGUGGCGCGCGCGGCCGCAGGCGCGGUGGGUGCGAGCGAGGGGCCGCUGCGCCGGUAGGGCCGACGCGCGCUUGCUGGCGUGGCGUGGUGCGGUGUGUGCGGCCGUUUAAUUUGCGUUUGGGACAAUGGCACGGGACAAUGGUGUCAGUUAAUGAACAAUAAACAGUCUCGCAAGUAUGCGCGCUGUGUGGCCAAGGUGCAGGUGCAAGUUUUGCAGCAUGCGCCGGAUGUCAAGGAUGUGUAUAUAACUUGGGACAACGCGGCAGCUGUAAGUGGGGCUGUUAUGGCAGCGUCUAGCAGCGGUGAUGUGGCAUACAUGGAUGGGCGCACGGCUGCAUUGGGUGGGGUUAAUUGCUGGAAAGCGCCAGUACCAGAAGACUGCACCAUAGACAAGAUGUGCUAGAGAGCACAAGGGAAGGAAACAUGCAAGGUGUGUGCUGAGGGUACCAAAAGGUGUA